GCAUUCAUUGAUAAUGUCAUUGAACGGUCAUAAAUAAGUUAAGAUUAGUUAAAAUGGGGAGGGGAAAAAGUAAAUAUUUGUGAAAAGUCAGAUCAAAUUAUAACAUAAUUAUAACAUAACGGUAUUUUACCGGAUGGGAAUCAGUCGAAUCAGUCUUCUGGAUGGACUUUCGAACAAGAUGGCCGUCAAGGGCGGUAUAUUUCUUCAACUCAGAACCUGUCUUUGUCGCUAUUCUAAUUUUAAACUCAGAAAAACGUAUUCAUCGUCGCGUCAAUUUAGUGCAGGGUCUUCUCAGUGUCGUAUAGUUAGUCGAACAACAUUUUUACAACGAUUUCUAGCUGGGUACAUGCCCAUUGCAAAAUACUAUGUAAAAAGCAAGGAGAGAAAAGGACCGUCUUUAAAAACAUGGUUUUCUGUUGGAGCAGGAGUGAUUGCCUGUGGUGCUGGUAUUAUUGUUUAUCUCGGUUGGCCAGAUACUGGUAUUGAUGGAAAAAAAGUAGUUGCUUAUGCUAAUGAACCAAUACCUCUGUCAUAUUUCUAUCGUGCAAAGGACAAAAUAAAAGAAACAUGGGAAAUAUUUUCGGAGCCAUCCAGUGAGUUACUUCUUCCUGAACCACUUACAGAACCAUAUUAUCAACCACCGUACACAUUGGUCCUUGAAAUGACAGAUGUUCUUAUACACCCUGAGUAUGAUCGUCGAAGUGGUUGGAGGUUUCGUAAAAGACCUGGUGUUGAUGAAUUUCUCUCACAAUGCAAGACACCACUCUUUGAAAUUGUUGUUUAUACACACGAAAAUGGAUUUGGAGCGAUGCCAAUAUUAGAAGGACUGGAUCCUAAUGGAUUUAUAACAUAUCGUCUGUUUCGCGAUGCAACGAAGUACACGAAUGGCACUCAUGUUAAGGAUCUCGGUAGCUUGAAUCGUAACUUGUCCAAGGUCAUCAUGAUUGAUUGUGAUGCUAAGGCAACGAUAGGAUAUGAAAGAAACAGCAUCAUCUUAAAGAAAUGGGAGGGUGAUCCCAAUGAUAGAACAUUAAUGGAUUUGGUUCCACUUUUACUUGCUAUUGCAACAUCAAACGUAGAAGAUAUUCGUUCUGUGUUGGAUUAUUAUCGUGAUGAAGAUGACGUCAUUUCUGCAUUUAAACGAAAUCAAGCCAAGUUACGUGAGCAACAAGAAUUGUUAAAUCAAAGGCAGAAAGAGCAAGGUGCUCAGUGGGGUGGUUUAUUCAGCCGAAGGCUGUUUGGUGGAUCAUCCAAUUCACAGAGUACAAAAGAAGAGACGUGAAGGUACAACUGCGAAGUGUAACAUCCUUGUGAGUGGUAACCAGUGAAAAAGUUAAGACGGAAUAAUGAAAAUCAUCUGAAAACUUAGCUUGCUAUGUAAAGCAUGAGGCGCUGAUUAAAAAUAAUUUCCUGUA